CACCCAGGUUAAGGGCCCCUGGUUCAAAUCCCAGCUUUGCCACUCACUGCCUGUGUUCCCUCAGGCAAGUUAUGGAACCCGCCGUGCCUCAGUUUCCCCAUCUGCACGAUGGGGACGGUGAGAACCGUAUCAACCCCUGUCAGAGGUACAGUGCAGAUAAAACUGGUUACUCCACUGGCUAAUCCAAGGCUGGCAAAGGCCCUGGGGGAGCCGGAUCCCAGGAGGCCACCUUGGCUCCCGGGGUAGGCAUGCCGGGACCCGCUUUUCCGGGGGUGCUGAGGCAGGGGUAAUGAGCAGGUGGGGCUGCGGCACAGACAGCGGGCUGAGCUCAGCGUCUGGGCUGUGUGGACAUGGACGGGCCAGGGUUUUGGGGCCUCCCCGCCGGACUUCUGCUCCUGCUGCUGCUGCCGCCGCCACCCCGGGCUCUGGCCGAAGGACCCCUGGUGUUUGUGGCUGUGGUGAGGUGUCCCCUGCCCUGGCCUGGCCCCCGUCCUCUCCCCAGCCUGCCCUGACCUGGUCCCGUCCCCAGGUGUUCCGCCACGGCGACCGGGCCCCACUGGCCUCCUACCCCACCGACCCACACAAGGAGGCCGUCACCACCCUGUGGCCGAGAGGCCUGGGCCAGCUGACUGGGGAGGGCGUCCGCCAGCAGCUGGAGCUGGGACGCUUCCUGAGGAGCCGCUACGAGGCCUUUCUGAGCCCGGAGUACCGGCGGGAGGAGGUUUAUGUUCGAAGCACUGACUUUGACCGCACGCUGGAGAGCGCUCAGGCCAACCUCGCAGGACUGUUCCCCGAGGCUGCCCCGGGGCGCCCAGAGGCUGCCUGGAGGCCCAUCCCUGUGCACACGGUGCCCGUCACCGAGGACAAGCUGCUGAGGUUCCCCACACGCAGCUGUCCCCGAUACCAUGAGCUGCUGCGAGAGGCCACGGAGGCUGCCGAGUACCAGACUGCGCUGGAGGGCUGGACAGACUUCCUGACUCACCUGGAGAACUACACGGGACUGUCGUUGGUCGGAGAGCCGCUCCGCAGGGCGUGGAAGGUUCUAGACACGCUGAUGUGCCAGCAAGCCCAUGGUCUUCCCCUCCCAUCCUGGGCCUCCCCGGAUGUCCUACGGACACUAGCCCAGAUCUCAGCUUUGGAUAUUGGGGCCCACGUGGGUCCACCCCGGGCAGCCGAGAAGGCCCAGCUGACAGGGGGGAUCCUGCUGGAUGCCAUCCUUGCCAACUUCUCUCGGGUCCAGCGCCUGGGGCUGCCCCUCAAGAUGGUUAUGUACUCAGCUCACGACAGCACCCUGCUGGCCCUCCAGGGAGCCCUGGGUCUCUAUGAUGGGCACACCCCACCGUAUGCUGCCUGCCUCGGCUUUGAAUUCCGGAGGCGCCUCGGGGACCCGGACGAAGAUGCAGGGAACGUCACCAUCUCCCUUUUCUACCGCAACGACUCCACCGGCCUGCCCCUGCCCCUCAGCCUUCCUGGGUGCCCAGGCGCCUGCCCGCUAGGCCGCUUCCGCCAGCUCACCGCCCCGGCCCGGCCUCCGGCUCACGGGGUCCCCUGCCACGGCCCCCCUGAGCCUGCCACCCCUGCAGGUGACGGCCACUGGCACUGGGGUGGGAGUGUGGGGGGGCGCCGGUCCCGUGACUCACACUCCCGUGUUCUCCCCGCAGCCACUGUGGUGCCCCUGCUGGCCGGGGCCGUGGUGGUGCUGGGGGUGCUCAGCGCGGGGCUGGGCCUGCUGGCCUGGAGACCCAGCUGCCUGCGGGCCUGGGGGGGCCCCGUGUGAGCUGGGAGCCCGGGCACCCCCCCCCCACAGCUGGCACUGCGUCCCAACACGUCUGCUCCCCACGCUGCUUUGGCUUCCGUUGACUUACUGCGUGUGCCCGUUCUGGGGAACCGAGGGGGCGCUCCCUGGCCGGGAAGCUGCAGGCAGUCGUGCGCGCUCCUGCGGGUCGGCAUCCGUGUGCACAUGGGCAUGCGUUAAGGGUGGCUUGCGUACACGUACGUGGCACGCGUGUGCAUACACGCGUGCUUCCUGGGUUCUGCGCACACGGGUGCACGCGCCCACCUGACCCAUCUCCGUGCACGCACGUGCACGCUGGUCCGUGCGUAGGCACGCCCGCCCGUGCGGGUGCUGUGUACUCACGCACAGCUCUGCACACGCACGGGGGCGCAUGGCACGUCAGUACCCGUGGGGACAUGCGUCCGUGGGCACAGCACACGGGGCGCGCACACCAGCUCAGGGAGCCCCUCCGCGGGUCACACGCUCCGUGGAGACCUGGCUCCGGGACCCUCGCAGGCUCUCAGUGCCGUAGACCGGCGUCACCCUUUUCUCCAUCCUCCGGCUGCGGUGGGGUGGGUCAGGCCCGCCGUGCACAGGGACAGCGCUCGGCAAGUGCCGGGUCCGGAGCCACGGCAAAGCCGGAGGCGGGCUCCGAGCGACCGGCCCCUG